UCAGCACUCACCCACCAGUUCUCAGAUGCACAGCAACAAAUAGAGAGAGAGAGAGAGAGUUGUGUCGUGACUUGUGAAUAUGAGCCACCAUUUAAGACUAUAACACAUGCGUGAUCAAUAAGCCAUUCCCUUUGUUCCACAUUCUUCAUUAACCCAACCCCAACCCCAACCCUAGAUCUUCCUCUUCAAGCCCCUCCCUUUGCGUCACUCCAACUCAACCACCUCCUUACUCUCAAUCAAGCACUCACCCUUUUCAAACCCAGAUCUCUUCAAUUCAGCAAUAAUUGUCUCAUCGCCUCUUUUUGAUUUCAACGCCAAACCCAUUUCAAAUUUUCCCUUUUUUCGCCUGAAUCGUUGCUGGGGCACUCUUGUUUCUGGACAAGUUUGCUGUUUUUUUGCUUUUAUUCUUCUGAAUUCUGCGUAUCAUUUAGUGGGGUUCUCUUGAAUUGCGCUGAUUUUGUUAUAAGCUAGUUGUUUUUUUUUUUCUUCUUUUUUUAUUUAGAUCUAGUAUUGUUGGGGUAUGCUUUAUAUGCGGUUGUAGUGUAAUCGUGGUAGUGAGUUCUCAUGGCAAUGCCAUCGGGAAAUGUGGUAAUACAAGACAAAAUGCAGUUUCCAAGUGCUGGCGGUGAGAUCCAGCAGCACCACUACCGCCAGCAAUGGUAUGUUGAUGAGAGGGAUGGGCUUAUUGGUUGGCUGCGAAGCGAAUUCGCAGCCGCCAAUGCCAUCAUAGACUCUCUUUGUCACCAUUUACGUGUGAUUGGUGAGCCUGGGGAGUAUGAUAUGGUCAUUGGGGCCAUUCAGCAGAGGCGGUGUAAUUGGAAUCAGGUGCUGAUUAUGCAGCAAUACUUUUCUGUGGCUGAUGUGGCGUAUGCGCUGCAGCAAGUGGCCUGGAGGAGGCAGCAGAGGCCUCUGGAUCCGGUGAAAGUGAGUGCAAGGGAAGUUAGGAAAUCCGGUUCAGGUUACCGGCAUGGCCAGAGGUUUGAGCCUGCAAAGGAAGGCUAUAAUUCUAGUGUAGAGUCCUAUAGUAAUGAGUCAAAUGUUGUGGUUACUGGGAGCAUGGAGAAAGGGACUCCAAUUGUUGAGAAGAGUGAAGAACAUAAAUCUGGUGGCAAGGUUGAGAACGUGGGGGAUAAGGGUUUAGCUUCUGCUGAAGAGAAGAAAGAUGCUAUAAUAAAGCAUCAAACUGAUGGCAACUUGAAGAGCACAGGAAGUUGUGAAGGAUCUCUGUCCAAUGUAGAAUCUGAAGCUGUUGUUGCAAAUGAUGGAUGUGUAUCUGAUUCUAAAGGGAAUGGUUCACUUUCUGUGCAAGAUCAACUUCAGAGUCAUAGUCUUUCUACAGGAGCAAAGACUUUUGUUGGCAAUGAAAUGUUUGAUGGGAAAACGGUGAAUGUGGUUGAUGGACUGAAGUUGUAUGAUGAUUUAUUUGAUAGCACAGAAGUAUCAAAACUUGUUUCAUUAGUCAAUGAUCUAAGGGUUUCUGGAAAAAAAGGACAGUUACAAGGAAGUCAGGCAUAUAUAGUUUCAAGAAGGCCCAUGAAAGGGCAUGGAAGGGAAUUGAUUCAGUUGGGUGUUCCAAUUGCUGAUGCCCCAGCAGAUGGGGAAAAUAUGACAGCAGCUUCCAAAGAUAUGAAUGUAGAACCUAUUCCUUCCUUGUUUCAAGAUAUUAUUGAGCGAAUGGUUUCCUCGCAAGUAAUGACUGUGAAGCCUGAUUGCUGCAUUGUGGAUUUCUAUAAUGAGGGUGAUCACUCACAGCCCCACAGUUGGCCGUCAUGGUAUGGAAGACCCGUUUAUAUGCUUUUUCUGACAGAAUGUGAAAUGACUUUUGGAAGAGUGAUUGCCUCAGAGCAUCCUGGAGAUUAUAGGGGCAGUGUCAAGCUUUCUCUAGUCCCUGGGUCACUUCUGGCUAUGCAAGGGAAAUCCACUGAUUUUGCGAGGCAUGCACUUCCUUCCAUACGCAAACAACGCAUACUUGUCACCUUCACAAAGUCCCAACCAAGAAAGUCACUACCAAGUGAUGCUCAACGUCUUGCCUCACCAGCAGCAUCUUCUAAUUGGGGUCCACUACCAAGCCGAUCUCCCAAUCAUGUUCGUCAACACGUGGUUUCCAAGCAUUAUGCUACCCAUGCGACCACUGGAGUACUGCCGGCUCCACCCAUUCGACCACAAAUUCCUGCUCCGGUGGGCAUGCAACCGAUGUUUGUUGGCGCUCCAGUUGUGCCUCCCAUGCCGUUUCCUGCACCUGUGCCGAUUGCUCCCAGUUCUGCUGCGUGGACGGCAGCUCCUCCUCCAAGGCAUCCCCCUCCUCGAAUCCCUGCUCCCGGCACAGGAGUCUUCCUACCUCCACCGGGCUCAGGUAAUUCCUCUCAACAAAGCAUGGAAACUCCAACCAUGGUGGAGAAGGAAGAUGGGAAAAGUAAUCACAGUGGCACAAGUGCUUCACCAAAAGGAAAAGUUCUAAAGCAAGAAUGUAAUGGGCAUGGUCAUGAAACUCAAGUUGAACCAGCUCUAGAGACUCGGCAGGAUAGCGAUGACAAAGCUGCGCCAAGCCAUACUUAGAGAGGACAAGCUUAUCACACGAACACGAUAGGAUGCAAACUUAACUCGAGUUUGAAGUAAAUGUAAAGCGCGGCAACAUUCAAGAUAUCACCAUACUGCAGGGAGAACAAGGGAAGGAGGUAGAACUUUUGGUUCUCUCUAUAAUCCUUUCUUUGCUCCAUUCUUUUUUUCUUGUCUUUAAAUAUUUUACUUACACGAAGGAAAACCAUUCUUAAUUCUAAUUUUGGCCUUUCCUAUCUUGACUUAUUUUUAUUAAUGCAUCUCGCUGUUAAUACUGAA